CAAUUUUAGGAGUUCUUGGUGGGUUAUGUCAGUGCCUUUUGCUUAAUGCAUUGGAAGAACCAUGCUAGGGCAUUAUCCAAAUGUAGAAAAAAAGCCAGCUAGCCAGUUAUGUGAAAGUUUACCUUGAAUGUGUUGAAUAGCUGCCCUUUGGAGAUACAGAGGAACGUAUCGCUACUAUGCGAGAUAAAUACAAAGUAUCAAGACAUACUAAAAUAAGUCGAAGAUGUCUAUGAGAAGUACAAGAAGGAAAUAGACUAAAUUAAUAAAAAACAUUUACAGCAACAGCAAUUAGCGAGUGCUAAUUGUCAGCCAAGAACUUGGGGAUGAAAAAAAUUGAAAUAGUUGCACAGAUUCUUGAGCUGGUAGAAAACGGAGGAAGGCAGAUUGAGACUCAUUCGCAUUGUUUCCAGGACCCAGCUAAGACUGAAAAAUCUACAGAGAAGUUAAAGAUAGAAUCUGCCUUACAAGAAAGGUCUUCCAGAAGACCACGUCAGCAGCAGACUAAUGAAAGUCAGGAUUUGUGCCACAUUGCUAAUAGGAUUAAAGAAUGUGAGGAACAGCCACCUGAUGAAAAAAAAUCAAAAUCUGCCAAGAAAAAGAAACACCGUAGGGUUAAACAGGAGGGGGAAAUUUCAAGUGUUGAAUUUGCAAUAGAUUCUAAUGAGCCCAUAUACUGCCUUUGUAAUCAGGUGUCUUAUGGAGAGAUGAUAGGAUGUGACAGUGAACAGUGUCCCAUUGAAUUGUUCCAUUUUUCAUGUGUUGCACUAACAUACAAACCAAAAGGGAAAUGGUAUUGCCAAAAUGCAGAGGAGAUCAUGACAAAACUAUGAACAAAUGCACUGAAAAGGCUAAGAAAGAUAAACUGUCGAGGUAGUGACUGCUAUAAUUAUAUAGUAUGUUAUUAAUCGCAAAUGACCAGCAUCACACUUGAAGGCAAGUGUUUCAUUGAGAAUAAGCUCACCAAAAC